AUGAUGCCAUCGAAUUUAGAUCCCCCUCUUACCGAUGCAUUAAAAGAAGAAAUUCAAAAGAGGUCAGACCUCGACCUUUGUCAAACCCAAUUUCGCAAAAUAGAAUAUUCUUUGAAGUUCAUUAUGGCUGUCACAUUUGAGCCCUUUGCUGUUCCAGGAUCCCAACACAUCCAGGGUGAGGCCUUUCCAUAUGGACUUCGAGUUCAACAAAAUGCCAAUGGUGAAACUUCGACCCCCGCCAUUAACGACUCUGUGGCUGCGCUAGCCCAGUUGGCGGAAUCUGGGCAAAUUUCUGAGCUUCUACGCAAACAUGGUGCUAUUGUCGUCAGCGGUUUAGGUCAUCCCGCAGGAGAAAGCUUUGAGAAGCUGAUAAAUGCUAUUGAAAGAGGUCGGGGCUCGGUACCCCAUGUACAGAUCGGCCUUGCUGGAAAGCGAAAUGUCGUUGCGGAAAACGUAUGGACUGCCAAUGAGUGUCCAUCUGAUCGUCGAUUUUAUCAACAUAAUGAGUAUUCUCGAUAUACCAGAUUCCCAGCCAAUAUUCAUUUCUAUUGUCAGAAGAAAGCAUUAGAAGGCGGCGAGACCCCAGUAGCACAUAGUGCUCUUGUUUUCGAGAAAGUCCAAGAAUCCAUCCCGGACCUAGUCCAAAAUGUCCAUAAGCGGGGACUCGCCAUGAAGAUGGCAUUUCGAGCACCUGGCAACGAGGGCGUUGGGAACGAAUUCAACUGGGCUGGGAAGUAUAGCUUUGGCCAAGAGUUUCAGCCUGGUGAUGAUCGCGCGACGCAAAAGGCCAAAGUUGAGGUUCAAGUCCAAAAGCUCACGCAUGACUUUCGAUGGACUGAAGAUGAUAACCUCGAGCUAACACAGUAUAUCCCGGGUAUUCGACGAACACCUGCAGGUGGACGUCCUGUCUGGUUUAAUGGUCUAGCUGGCCGCUUUGGCAUGACGCGAGAUGCUGGAGCUCUGGAUCCGCCUUAUUUGGGUCGCGACGGGAUGACUUAUUUGCCUUGCAACUAUGGUGAUGGAACCCCGAUUCCACGGGAAUACCUUGAGAAAUUGGACAAGAUAUUGAAUGAACUGGAGGUAAACCUUGCAUUGGAUGAAGGUGAUAUGCUUCUUGUCGACAAUUUUCAGGUAUCUCAUGGGAGGAAGCCAUGGAAAGGAGAGCGCAAGAUCCUGGUUAGCAUGUGGGAGGGUGCAACUCCAAUCCAGGAAUAUUAG